UUCAAAACACGGAAGUAGUGCCUAGCGGAGAGCCAAUAGUCGCGUUUUCCCGUAUUUAUUUCUUUAUAAUGUGGAUGUAAUUUUCAUAUUUUAUCAUGGAAGACCAAGAGAUGCAACUCAAAGUCAGACGAGUGAGUGACAAGUUCACGGAGAGCAUGUACGUCCUGGCUAACGAACCGUCCGUGGCGCUAUACAGACUGCAGGAGCACGUUCGGAGAUCCCUGCCAGAGCUGGUGCAGCAUAAGACAGAUAUGCAGAGCUGGGAGGAACAAAGUCAAGGAGCCAUCUACUCAGUCGAAUAUGCAUGCAGUGCCGUAAGAAGCAUGGCCAACAGCAGCGUGUAUUUCAAAAACAUUGACAGUCUCCUGCGACAAGCCAUCAGCAUGAAGGAGCAAAUCAGCAGCUCUCAAGGACGCAGUCCCCUUGUUGCUGCUUCACAUGCCCCAUCCACUUCGUCCUCCUCAUGACAGAGCUAUGUCCAAGAAAAAGGACGGUGGAUCAUGUUAUGCCAAGGGAUGCCGGAGAGAAGCGCAGCUCUGGAAUGUGAUAACCCUUCCCUGCAUUUAGUCAUUUUGUGGUGCUUGAUUGAAGUGCGUGGGAAAGGUCCUAAUCCCCUUCACCCUCUAGCCCUGCCCCUCCAAGCACAAGCUGCUCAGUGGAACAGAGUAGACCAGCGCUGCCAGGUUCGGCUUAAAAAAAAAAAAAAACCACUUAAGUCAUGGACACCGCUCAAAGAGUGCAUUGUUCUCUUGAGCUCGUGGGACAAGAACAACAGUGCUCUUUGCUCGCUCUGCUGUUGACUUCCCUGCCGACAUUUUGCACAUUAGUUGGAAAGGACAUCCCCUGCUCUUGUUGUUGUUUUUCGAUCCCAGUUUGGUGCACACUUCAGUGCGACACAAUAUUGUGAUGUACUAUUACCGCUUGCUGUAUGGUAUCAAAACAUCAGCAUCAAAUAUCAAUUGCAACAAUGUGUCAUUCGCACUACGGUACAGUGUUAGUACACCGUCGAAAUGUAUCAAUGCUCGGGUCAAAUGAUUUUUAAAAAUCUAAAAAAAAAAUAAAAGUAAAUCAAUUAAUAGUGCGUGCGCUUUAAUACUUGCUUAUUUUUUUUCAAGGUCCUCUUCUCAUGUUGUUUUUGUCAAACAAGCAAAUUAAUCUGUAUUACACCUAUACAUAAAUGUUUUGGUAUCAGUAUGUUAGGCUUACGCUAAAAUAAAAGCAAAUUGACCAGGAA